AUGGGAAGGGCUCCUUGCUGUGACAAAGCCAACGUCAAGAAAGGUCCAUGGUCACCUGAAGAAGAUGCCAAACUCAAGUCUUAUAUCGAGCAGCAUGGUACUGGUGGCAAUUGGAUAGCCCUGCCCCAGAAGAUAGGCCUUAAGAGAUGUGGAAAAAGUUGCCGUCUUAGAUGGCUGAAUUAUCUUCGCCCGAACAUUAAACAUGGGGGUUUCUCAGAAGAAGAAGACAACAUCAUCUGCAGCCUCUAUGUCAGUAUAGGAAGCAGGUGGUCAAUUAUAGCAGCACAAUUACCAGGUCGCACAGAUAAUGAUAUAAAGAACUAUUGGAACACAAGGCUGAAGAAGAAGCUCCUUGGCAAGCAAAGGAAGGAGCAACAGGCUCAAGCUCGCCGAGUCAGCAACCUGCAGAAGCAAGAGAUGAAAAGAGAAACCCAGAAUUUGACAGUGGCUUCUGCAGUUAUCAAUCAAGCUCCAUAUUGGCCGACAGAGUAUUCUUCCGUGCCCAUGCCAGUGGCUAAUGCUUCAAUCCAAGACUAUGAUCUCAACAGUCAAACAUCCCUCACAACUACAAUGAACAUGGUAAAUCAUGUGGCUGUUGGGAGUAAUGCAAGCAAUAGUGGGAGUGGCACUUAUGAGCCAUCAAAUAUUUUUCAAGGGUUUGAAAAUUUCACAAAUGAGUUGAGUGAGCUGGUCUAUGUGAACCCUCAACAAAUGGAUCGAGCAAUGGAGGGUUUUAAUUAUGGAAUGGAAUCCAUGGACAUGAGCAAUGGUGGUAGCACGAAUACGACUUCAACAGAAAGCACUAGUUGGGGAGACAUGAGCUCUUUGGUUUACUCUCCUUUGGUUUCUGACUAUGAAGGUUGCCGACAAGGAAUUCCUCAAGAUGUUGCAUUCGAGGAGUGUAAAUACUUUGGAAUGCAAAUGCAAUAA